CGGGAGCGUGGACGCCACCUCGGCGGUGCGGGCAGCGGGCCCCACGCCGCAGUGCCCGGGGUGGGCGGGGGGAGACCCCACCCCCGGAGCACCCCCGGGGCUUCGGGCACCUCCCGCCGGCCUGCGCUGCGCGGCCCCGCCCCGGGGAACCCCAGGCCGGCCGCUGCGGGGCCGCGGGGCCUGGAGGGGGCCUCCCCGUCCUGCAGGGACCUUCAGCUCGGAAAGAGCGUCCUGCGCUACGGAGAGGGGAAGCCGUGCCCUGGCCGCGCGCAGGGCGACCUCCGGCUCCCGCUCGGGCUCCUGGCCAUCGGGCACCCCUGGCGAGCCGCUGGCGCGAGCACAACGAGCCACGGGUCCCGAGAGCAGUGUCCUGUCUCCAUGAAGCUGACGUGAGAGCAUCCAGGUGAAAGGGCCUCUGCCCUGUCGCGGACAGAAUGACCAAAACCCGGCUCUUCCGCCUGUGGCUGGUCUUGGGGUCUGUCUUCAUGGUCCUCUUGAUCAUCGUGUACUGGGACAACGUGGGCACCGCGCACUUCUACCUGCAGACGUCCUUCCCCAGGCCGCACCCCCUGGAGCCGCUGCCCACCCCCGGGCACGGGGCAGAGAAGGAAUUCACGUCGGACGUGGAUGCGUUCUUGCAAAAGCUGCUUGGUGGCGGCCUAAAGCAGAGCCCCCUUUCUGGUAAAAGGCCGGAGCAGCCCUCCGUGCCGGCAUCCAGCAGGCCUGGGCUGAGCAACGCGGAGGAGAGCGUGAGGGGCUAUGACUGGUCUGCCCGUGACACCCAACAGGGCCCGGACCCAGGGGGGCAGCAGGCCGAGAGGAGGAGUGUGCUCAGGGGGCUGUGCGCCAACGCCAGCUUCGUGUUCCCCACCAAGGAGCGCUCCUUCGACGACAUUCCCAACUACGAGCUCAACCACCUCAUCGUGGACGACCGCCACGGGGUCAUCUACUGCUACGUGCCCAAGGUGGCCUGCACCAACUGGAAGCGCGUGAUGAUCGUGCUGAGCGAGAGCCUCCUGGACCGGGGCACCCCCUACCGCGACCCCCUGGACAUCCCCCGGGAGUAUGUGCACAACUCCAGCACCCACCUGACUUUCAACAAGUUUUGGCGCCGCUACGGCAAAUUCUCCCGCCACCUGAUGAAGAUCAAGCUGAAGAAGUACACCAAGUUCCUGUUCGUGCGGGACCCCUUCGUCCGCCUCAUCUCGGCCUUCCGCAGCAAGUUCCAGCUGGAAAACGAGGAGUUCUAUCGGAAGUUCGCGGUGCCCAUGCUCAAGAUGUACGCCAACCGCACCGGCCUGCCUGCGUCCGUCAGCGAGGCCUUCAGUGCUGGCCUCAAGGUGUCCUUCGCCAACUUCAUCCAGUACCUGCUGGACCCGCGCACCGAGAAGCUGGCGCCCUUCAACGAGCACUGGAGGCAGGUGCACCGCCUCUGCCACCCCUGCCAGAUCGACUACGACUUUGUGGGGAAGCUGGAGACGCUGGACCAGGACGCCGCCCAGCUCCUGCGGCUCCUCAAGGUAGACAAGGUCCUACACUUCCCCCCGAGUUACCGGAACAGAACUGCCAGCAGCUGGGAGGAGGACUGGUUUGCCACCAUCCCCCUGGCCUGGAGGCAGCAGCUUUACAAACUCUAUGAGGCGGACUUUGUCCUCUUCGGUUACCCCAAGCCUGAACACUUGCUUAGAGACUGAAGGCGUCAGGGGACGGACCCAGACAGCACGACAAACUGGGGUGGUGUUGUUGCUUCAAACCUGGACCAAGGGCUUGCCGCACCGCCGCCUUCCUCCCAGGGAUGGGGCGAUGGGUUGCCGCGUAUAUUUUUUUAUGGCUUUGUGUCCCUCCCUCACUGCUCCCGUUGACGAGGCAGCUGGACGCACCAGGAAUCAGCCAUCCCCACACUCCGGUUUUUAAAAUCACUUGACGAUUUUGCAAUCUGGACUUACUAUUUACUCCACUGCCUAUAUCCCUUGAGUACUGUGUUAAUAUUGUUUUUUUAAAUUAAUAUAUUUCAGAUAUUUAAUAUGAAAAGUGGAGGAGAGGAUGGAGUAAAUGUUACAUCUGCUUCUGCC